AUGAACAACUCAGCCAGGGAAUUUCUCCGAAGGCAAAUGCAGGAGGAUCAUGAUCCUCCAAUACUGAAAACCUGCAACCUUGGCAUCUUUGACCUGGCUUUCACUGACUUCCUCUUCCUCUUCUUUGCACUCCCCUCCGCCCUCCUCUUCCUGGUGGAGGAUGUGUCCUGCCCUCCUAUCCUGCCCUUGAUGUACCUGGACAUCCUUUUCCAGCUCUCAGUGGUCUCCACCUACAGGGUGCUCUGGAUGAUGCAGAACACCUUUAUGUGGUACAAGCUCUGCUGGCUCUGCUGCUGCUGGAAGCCUUCUCUGCGCCUGGUGUGGCUGGUGCUUAGUUUCCAAUUCUGUGCCUUCUUCGCUCUGUUUGUUGUCAUUCCCACAGUGACAUUCCUGUGCCCAUCACAAGAGCAGCAGCACUGCCGGGCAGCUCUCAUCUCCAUGUACACCCUCAUCCUUCUCCUCGUCGUUGCACCCGUGUUCAUUUCCAGCACAGUCAGCUUCAUUAACGCCAGGCAGAGCUCCCAGCAGCAGCAACCCAAGAGAGGGUCUUUGAGGAGGCAGAACAGGGUCUUUGAGGAGGCAGAAGAAAACAGGGUCUUUGAGGUGGCUGAAGAACACAUCGCCCACAGCGAUGAGUCCAUCAUGGACACAGCGGUCUGGGCACUUCUCGCGAUCCGCCCUAGUGAAUGGCGUCCACCCUUGGAGGUGACCACCGUGUCCCCAUCUCCUGCCUCACCCACUGAAGGAGAUGAUCUCUGUGAGACAGAUGUCACCAGUGUGGCCACCCACAGUGUGACCCUGGUCAUCUGCCUCUGUGGGCUGGCCAGGAACGGGGCUGUGCUCUGGCUCCUUGGGUCCCACUUUUUGUCCAGGAACAACACCAUCCUUUACAUUCUGAUGCUGACUUUUUUGGACUUCCUCCUCCUCCUCUUUGUGUUGCCCUCCACUCUGCUCUUCCUGCUGGAGAAUGUGUCCUGCUCUAGCAUCAUGCCCUUGCAGUGUGGGUUGCUUUUCAGGAUCUCAGCAGUGUCACACAGCGUGUGGUUGUGCACACUGACAUUCAUCAGCAUCAAGAGGUGCAGGUCCACCCACUGCCUGCUCUGGCACUGCUGCCACCAUCCCAAGCAGCUGUUGAAGGUGAUCCAUGCCAUGCUCGGGGCCUUCUUCAUCACUUUCAUCAUUGUCAUUGCCAUAAUAUUUUCUCCAUGCAUUGUCCUGCUAUCUGAGCAUUGCUGGGUUUCUUACAUCUCCAUGCACGCCUUCAACCUCCUCCUCUGUGCUCCCUUCAUCCUCAUUUCCAGCAAAAUUGUCUUCACUCAUUUCAAGCCUGGCUCCCAUCAGCAGCAGCCCAAGAGACUCGAUAUUGUUAUCUGCCUCUUUGUGCUCUUCACUCUGCCCCUCAUCCUCUGCCAUUUCCUGCAGGAACUCAGCUACACCAUUUUGCCCUCCCAGGUUCUUUUCCUGCUCAUCUGCAUCCACAGAAGCAGCAACCCCAUCAUUUGCUUCUUGGUGGGGAGGUGCUGGAGGCCCUGCUCUGUGGAGUCCCUCCUGCUCUCCCUCCAGAGGGUCUUUGAGGAGCCAGAAGAAAACACUGCCCACAGCCAUGAGACCACCAUGUACAGAGAGGCCUGA